AUCAAGUGGCUGUGAACUUGAAAUGAUUUCACUGCGACAAGCGACACCGCAAAUCACAGAGUUUGGAUGUGUGAACGCGCGAACAAUCGAUACCGUUUUGAUCUAGCAGGCUGGGAAGUGCUUUGACGGUGCCGGUGUCGAUAAAUAGAACAAAGCUGGCUCUGUGUUUUAGGGAUGAUUCUCAUUCAUCGUCGAUCAUCCACCUAGCGGGAAUGGAAGGAGACGCGUUGUGGUUUGUGAAACUACUUCCAGCGAACACCCCAAAAUGAGUCCAAGUGUUGUGGCGUAAAACAAGCAUAGCCAAAUUUUUAGCAUGUGUAACAAGGUAAACAUUCUUUCCCAACCGGUAAACAGCAGUUCGCAUAAGUGACGUAUGUGUUAUCCGCACAGUAAAAGAGUGGCAAAAAUUUCGCGUCUUAUCUUAUCUUCGCGUCGGUAAAUGUGUCGCAACGCGAUUCAGCGAUUCAAGAGGGUGGUCGGACGAAUUGUUAUCUUUUUGCUGUGAUAGUGCGGGGCCGGUUACAGGAAGUUUCCAAGAAUCGACUUAGCCCAUCGGGCCGUUAUCCGAUCGACGGAUGUCGGUAGCUUCGGGGAACGGUAUCAGUUUCCCGAUAUUCGCGCUGAAGGUCGGUUCGACGACGCCGUCCGAGGAAGAAACGUUCAUUUCUGGUAUCACACGUUACGCGAAUAUGCGCUCAACAAGGUGCUAAUAACUCUGUUUAUUGGCUGUAACAGGCCACGGAUUGUUAGCCGUGUUUGAAUUAAAAUGGUACCCCCGUCAAAGUCGUACGGUGGAAAAUAUUUGAUCCAGUGAUUAGCGAAAAGUGAAAUCGGUUCGUGCGUCGAUCGAGCCCAGCUGCGUAAUUCGCGUGUGUGAUCGUGGAAGCCGUGAUUGGCCACGGAUCUCAGGAACUUAUUGCUAGGGAGUUUGGACACGAACGGGAAUGGCUCUGGAGCUGACGGAAGAUGAGCUCGGUUUGAAUGAACUGCCUGCGGUGGCACAGGGACAGGCGUACCGGAGGACAUCGUUUUGGUGCUGGGGAAAGGGUAACCGAGUGUCACAGGAAGCUGACUCGCUCAGCAUCAAAGUAGGCGGCGAAAACCAUGACAAGAAACCGAAGGCGCACGAGACGAACCGCAUCAAGUCGACCAAAUACACGUUGCUGACGUUCCUGCCGUUGAACCUGGCCGAACAGUUCCGGCGGGUGGCCAACUUCUAUUUUCUCUGUAUGACGAUCAUCUCCAUAGUGAUAGACAGUCCGGUAUCGCCGCUGACCUCACUGGUACCGCUGGUGUUCGUCAUUUCCGUGACCGCAGCCAAACAGGGUUACGAGAACUAUUUGCGCUACCGGGCGGACAACAUGGUCAACUAUGCGCUGGUGACGGUGGUUCGCAACGGCAUCGAGAUGGACAUCCGCAGUCAGGACAUCCGCCAGGGGGACAUCGUUAUGACGGCCCGGGAUUGUGACAUCCCGUGCGAUCUGGUACUGCUGAAGGCAUCCGAUGAUAGCGGGAAGUGUUACGUAACGACGGCAAACUUGGACGGUGAAACGAAUCUGAAGACGAUGACGGUACCGAAGGGAAUUCCGGAUUUGGCCGUAGACAAACUGCAUACGCUGGGAAGGAUCGAAUGUGAGUUGCCGAAAACGGAUCUUUACACGUUCAAUGGUCGGAUCGAGCUAGCCGAGAUGCACUUGAGGCAGGAUCUGACGGUGGUUGAAGGAGUGGAAACGGAGUUCCACGUCGUACCACUGAUGGCGGAGAAUCUUCUGCUGAGAGGAUCGCGAUUGAAGAACACGGAAUGGGCGAUCGGUUGUGCGGUUUACACCGGACAAAACACGAAGCUAGCACUGAACAGCAAAAUGACGAGUAACAAGAUGAGUUCUAGUGAAAGCUUUAUCAACAAGUUCCUGGUGUUCUUUCUAGUUCUGCUGGUCGCGAUCGUAACGGUAUCGUUCUUCAUGAAGCGAUACAACGAUCGUUAUCACCAAGGGCACAAUCGCUACCUGGGCGAAUAUCUUAUGACCUACCGAGUGUCGCAGUUCUUGCAGGAUUUCUUUUCGUUUCUGAUUCUGUUCAACUACUUGAUACCGAUUUCGCUGUACGUCACCAUUGAAAUGGCCAAAUUUCUUGGUGGAUUCUAUCUGGAAUGGGAUCUGGAUUUGUUCGACGAAGAAACCGAUCAACCCUGCAUUGUGAAUACCUCGGAUAUUAACGAGGAACUGGGUCAGGUUUCGCUGCUGUUCUCCGAUAAGACCGGCACGUUGACCAAGAACAUCAUGAUCUUCCAGCAGUGUUCCAUCAAUGGUAAAAUGUACAGUCAAAAGGGACGGAGACUUCAGGAGGUCGGUCGGAACCAUGCGCUGAAGAUCAAUGAAUGCUCGCGUCACGUGUACAACUUUUUCGAAGCAUUGGCCGUUUGCCAUACGGUGCAGGUUGCAGGGGACUACACAAACGAGGCGGAUGAUUCCGAUGCCGACAAGGAAACAACGGAAGAUGCUGAUCAGAUUGUGGAACUAAACAAUAACCGAGCACUUCGGAACUUUUCGAAUAUAUCUGAGGAAAUUGAGGCAAGCCUAAAUAACCGUGGAAGCGCUGACGAAACGGAUUUUAUCCAACUGAAGCAUCUUGGCCUAAGGAAUAGAACUUCCAUCGUCGAACAACCGCACAAAGAUGUUGGAAGCGGUGAAUUCCUCAAUCCUUUGCUAUAUAAAGCCAAUGAGCAACCGAAGAUUUCCAUUUUAGAGAAUGCAUCUGCUCCCAGAGGAGAGCAAUCCGGCGAACUCGGCGUCGAAUUUAGACCGAUUAGUGAACCCGCAGUUCGGCGGACCGGGAGCAUAUUCUCCGGUCCGGACAACCGAGUGCAUCCGGUAUCGCUGCAGAUUCCGCCAUUUAGUCGGUCACAUUCCAACGAGUCGUCACGGCGGUCGUCUCGACCGCAAAGUUUGGUGGAGUCCACCACAUCCGAGGAACCUUCGCCCGGUGAUCGUCCCCGGGACUGCAGUGUUCUGCAGAACGGUAGCAAUGGCUAUCUGAACAGUUCCCUGCAGUCGAUGGAACUGAAGCGGGCCGUAUCGGCGUACGAGGAAAAAUCCGAGACUGACCGGGCAGUGAAGACACACCGGCGUACGCAGUCACACAUUCCACCGGGAAUGGCCACCCGGAGUAACGGUGUUGCCGGAACGGGCCGCGGAUCGAUUUCAUUCAAACGGGACCGCUACUCGAUUCGGUCGACAGCCAGAGAGUACUACGCCGCUCCGUCCUACACGGAGGCUUCCUUGAUCGAGCGGCAACAGUCAAUGAUGAAGCAGGAGGAGGUGGUCUCCUUUAUUCGGAAAAUGGACUAUCAAGCAUCCAGUCCGGACGAGAAAGCCCUGGUGGAAGCCUGCGCCAAAAUGGGUCUCGUGUAUGUCGGCGAUGAUUCCGAUGUGUUGAGCAUCAAGCUGCGAGAGUCGUGCGUGAAGCGGAACGUCAAAUCCGUGUACGGAGAGCUACCGAAAGAAGAGCUCGUGAAAUACCAAAGACUGGGUGUCCUGGAGUUUACCUCCGACCGGAAGCGGAUGAGUGUAAUCAUUCGCGAUUCGCAGAGUCAACUGUGGCUGUAUACCAAAGGAGCGGAAAGUCACGUACUGCCGCUGUGUACCAAGACCUCUUCCGGGAUGGUGAUAUCGACGCAACGGCACAUUAACGAGUUUGCCAAACAGGGCCUGCGGACGCUGGCCGUAGCUAGACGAAGACUGACGCAGCUAGAGUUUGCGAAUUAUAGGAACGAAUUGAUACUGGCCGGUAGUUCGUUGACGGAUCGUGUCGCAAAGGUUGAGGAAUGUCAACGUAAGAUCGAGACGGGACUGGAAUUGCUGGGAGCAACCGCCGUCGAGGAUGCCCUACAGGACGACAUCCGAGAUACGUUGGAGUCGUUACGGAAUGCAGGCAUCAAAGUGUGGGUUUUAACCGGUGAUAAGGUGGAAACCGCCCUGAACAUUGCUCUCAGCUGUGGACACAUUCCGGUGGAUGCUUUCCGGUACUUUGUCACCGAAUGUACCACGGUGGAACAGGUUCAGCAGCACUUCGAUGUGUUUUCGUUCGAGAUGUUUCGAGCGCCGGAGCGCGAGUAUGCGCUACUCAUCGAUGGGGCAAGCUUGACCAUUGCGUUGACACACCUGAAGGAAGUGUUCCGGGAUGUUUCGAUCAAAUGUCGGGCGGUGCUUUGCUGUCGCCUUAGUCCCCUGCAGAAGUGUGAGGUGGUACAGCUGAUGAAAACCGUGGAGAGUAAUCCGGUGACGGCGGCCAUCGGGGACGGAGCGAACGAUGUUUCGAUGAUCCAGGAAGCACACGUUGGCAUCGGAAUUGUCGGCAAGGAGGGACGACAGGCGGCCAGAUGUGCAGACUACGCCUUGGCUAAGUUUUGCAUGAUCAAAAAGUUACUGCUGGUGCACGGGCACUUCUUCUCCACACGACUGUCGAUCUUGGUGUUGUAUUUCUUCUACAAGAACCUGAUUUUCAUGGGUAUUCAGUUUUUCUUUCAAAUACACAGUUUGUUUUCAUCGCAAUCAGUUUACGAUUCCGUGUUCCUAACGCUGUACAAUGUACUGUACACGUCACUUCCGGUGCUAGUCCUAUCAUUAACUGAGAAACCGUACAAAGAGGAAAUCCUCAUGAAAGAACCUUCACUCUACCAGCGAGUAGCCGGUAAUAAGCAAUACGCCUGGAAGUACUUCAUUGGAUGGAUGAUUCUGGGUCUGUACCAUUCUACCAUCAUCUACGUCUUCUGCUGGGCUAUUUGGGGCAACAAUCCGGCCAUCUAUGCCUGGUGGCCUUCGACGGUUAAUUUUGCCUGCUUCGGCACGAUGAUGAUCCACAAUGUGGUCGUUCUGGCAAACCUGAAGCUUCUGCUAGAAGCGAUCUACAGAAGCUACAUCUUUAUCGCCACUAUUCUGCUGUCGAUCUUCGGUUUCAUGGGGACAACCUUCAUCUACAACCUGUUCCACUUAUUCGGAUUAAUUUCCAGCAACUACGACGGAGAUAUGCUGCAGGUGUACAACAAUCUGCUGUCGUCGAUGACAUUCUGGGUGCUAAGCCUACUGAUUCUGGUGGCCGCAUUCAUACCGGACUUCACCUUGUUCGCGGGGCGCUCGAUCGGUAUUAAGGUGGGCCAUAUCUUCCCCGGAGGAGCCAAGUACCGGAGUGCAUUUUUCCAGCGUCGAAAUCCGGGCAUAGAGAGUACGUACCUGUGAUGGAUGUGCCGAGGUUUGGGGGUUCGGCACCCUUCAUGACAUCUGCCAACGUGCCAAGUUAGGAUUAGUGCCUUAAUUUAUGACUGCUGAAGCAAUUGAUAUCCGUGAUAGAUGAUUCCUAAUAAGUAACCAGUAUUUUAAAAAUACACGUUUUAGUGAAAA